AUUCUACUGUCUCACUUCGCGCGUGCAGCUUUUUCAGAUUGCAGAUGACUACUCGGAUUCCCCUCAGUACGGUUUUCAUCGCAAGCGCACGAACGAAAGCGCCAUAAAGCACAAAAUACUACUUGAUCCUAGAUCAUUAUUUCAUUUUCUUCAAUAUCGUAACCUGUGCACGUGAGUGAUUUCGUGAAUAGCUUCACAAAUUGACAACUGAAUUGAAGCCCAGCUCGUUUGUGCUGAAAAAAUGAGUCAACUGAACGGUAGUGGACAUUCUCCCAUAAUGCUACUUCCACUACUGUUGGUGGUGGCGUCAUUGUGGACCGCAGCAGCAUUUGAUGGAAAUCUUGUUACGGUUGAGGAAGCCAGGUCAAAUGCGGUCGAUAGCUCUUCACCACCGGCGCGUAUUGUUGGAGGAUCCUCUGCCAGCCUCAACCAGUUUCCCCACCAGGUGGCUCUUCUGCGACAGGGAUCACUAUUUUGCGGUGGAUCUUUAAUCACCAGCAAGUGGGUCCUCACGGCAGCGCAUUGCGUUUAUGAUGGAAACCAAGUAGUGCAACCAUCACUGUUGACAGUGCUGGCUGGGACAGUUAACCUCAACCAAGGUGGCGUUCGUCGCAGCGUCCGCAGGAUUAUCCCUCACGAGCGGUACGGAAACUUUCGCAACGAUAUAGCAGUAAUGGAAUUGCAACAAGCAUACCAAAUUGGUCGGUCGAUUUCAACGAUUACUCUCAGAAGGAUGGCGGUUCCCAACGGCAGCACUGUGACUAUUUCCGGCUGGGGUCGACUUUACAACAACGGACCAUUUCCAAACACAUUGCAGUACACUCGAGUAACGGCUCUAUCCAGCUUGGCCUGUGCGAGGGAAACUGGAUUUAACGGAGGGAUACUCUGCUUAAGGUCUCCAGUUAAUAACGGUGCCUGUAAUGGUGACUCCGGCGGUCCAGCAGUUUACAACAAUCAGCUAGUGGGCGUUGCCAACUUUGUCAUUAACGGAUGUGGGUCAUCACGUCCCGAUGGUUACGCACAGGUUUCUGAUUUUGUUCAAUGGAUUGAAACGAGGAUCAAUUGAAUUGAUUACACACUUGGUGUUGUAAAAUAAAUAGCUACAGGAGACGAGCCAUGAAGUACGGAAAAUAUGCAAGCAGAUGGUGUUCGUUAUGUGGUUUGCACAUAAAAAUAAGCUAUAAUCAGGAACGAAACCUUUUUGAAUUCUUUGUAAUUGUAAUAAACUCAACAUGAAAGUAUUGUAUACAAUACUUCCAAGAGA